GGCCGCGGUUGUAGGUGGGGGGUGGGUCGGUUGCUGCAGUUUCAGGUCGCGCAGUUCAGUUCAAGCAUCUGCGCGUAAAACUGUUAUAGAGGAGCAUGGCGUCCUCGCCGGACAAGGACCGUGAGAAGAAGCUGAAGUCGCUGCUCUCCGACCUGGGACGCGCCACCAUGCGCGGCGUGCGCAAGUGCCCCCAGUGCGGCACUCUCAACGGCACGCGCGGCAAUUCGUGCAAGAACAAGUCAUGCAACGUCAAGUUCCGCGAGAAGUCGACCGAGGUCAAAUCCAAGUCGGCCUCCAAGCUUAGCACGGGCUCCUCACAACAGAUGCUGUUCUCGGUGCGUGUGCGCGAGUCGGGCCCGGAGAUGCGCGGCUUCGUCCAGCUGCCGGACCCCGUGCAGAGCCUGGGCGGCGACACCGAGUCGCCAUGCUGCCACGUCGCCUCCUGUCAGAAGUUACGUUCGCGGCCACGGGAUAGCAGCACUGAAGCAUCUUGUCGUCACAUCAAUUCUGCCGCACAGAGCACCACCCAGGCAAUACCGCUGAUGCUCAAGUACUCGGUACUCAGCAACCGCGAGGACCUGGCCGGAGUGCGACAUCACCUGUGGAACCUGGCGACCGAGACGAGCGGGCCUCUGGUGCAGCGGGUCUCGCGCUGCUACCUGGUGGUCAAGUGCAAGCCUACCCGUCAGUUCCCGCUCGGCUACUUGCACGCCUACUUCUCGCCCACCAUCAGCGGCAAGUCGGCGGCCACCGAGACGGACCAGCGCUUCUUCUGCCCCUGCUCCACCUUCAGGCACUCGUCCGGUCACAGCGAGUCGCGCCGCUGCAUCCACGUGUACGCCUGCUUCUGCGCCUUCCUCAGCAGUGAGACGCUCCGCCACGAGUUCGAGUACUUCGUCAACCUGGACGAGCGGGCCCGUCUGAAGCACAACUCCUCGGUGCCGCUGCUCAGCGAUCUGGUGGAUGCGACCGAGGCGACCGACUCGCUGCCCGUGUUGGACGUGAGCGCCGUGUCGGCCGCCGGCGACAUGUGCGAGGUCGAGGUCGAGGUGCUCGAGGAGUCAGCCAUACUGCAGGCGGCCGGCCUGCACGGUCUGGAGUACAGCGACGAGCCGCUGCGGGUGGAGACGGGCGACGAGGGCGGCCUGACGCUGCAGCUGCACGGCCGGCCGACGGGCGAACUGCAGGCGAGCACGGCCCUGCUCACCCUGCAGCAGCACAGCCGGCGACCCGCCAAGCUGCCCCGGCUCACGUCCGAGAGCGAGUCCUCCCUCACCACGGGCUUCUACGACUGGCUGGGCGGCGUGACGGAGCGCAUCAACCAGACCAUGCACUUUCAGUGCGACGGCCGACCCGAUCCACUCGUCUUCCACGUGCCGCAUACGUUCUUCGCCGCGCUGAAGGAGCGGAUAGCGUUCGGCGUGAAGAAGCGACGCUUACCCAACCAAGUGACGUCGUUUGCGCGCACCGACACACCUCCGCUGGGCACCUUCACCAAGUACACGUGGCAGAUUACCAACAUCCUGCACGUCAAGUCCAUCUUCGACGGGCCCACCAUCAUGCUGAACAUCACGCGCAGCUUCCGGUUCUGCGCGGACACGGGCCGCUACAGCGAGCACGUGCCGUCCGAGGCGGAGACGGCGCCCCAGCCGCUGUCGCACGGUCCGCUCAUCAAGCCGCAACAGUACAAAACCAUCCUCAGGGUCGGCUGCAUCUCGGCGCAGCAGCAGGAGCCGACGCCGUUCGUCAUCGAGUGGGUGCCGGGCGUGCUGCCGCAGUCGCAGAUCGGUGAGCUGCGCGUGCAAUUUCAGUUCGUGCACCAGCGGAACGGUCAGCUGGUGGACGCGCCGGAGCCGGUCGCCCCGUGAGCGGCCGGCGCCAUCGGACCGCUCUGGAUGCUGACUGAGGUCCUCGAGACUCGGCAGGGGUCACUGCGGGUUGGAGUCGCAGCGGGGCAGCGACAGUGGCCAGCGUUAGGAGAGAGAGUACAAGUUAGCUCGUGGGUGGACAGAGGCCUGUCUGGGCUGCGCAUGCCGGCCCGGCUGUGCGUGAGCGAGAGUUGUCUCUGGCGGAUCUAGGUGGGGACUGGCAGCCCCCGCCCUGCCGUCGGCUGAUGAGAGACCGCGGCUCGCCUGCUGCGCCGUCCGACCGGCCGGGGUCACCGCCCAGGAGCACACCGGAUGAAAGACUGCGGCGCCCCCCGCCGCGCCAUUCGACCGGCCGAGGUCACCGCCCAGAGGAUGGACUCGGCCAGUCGGUCAGCGCGUCCCACUCGGCGCAGGUCACUCCGGCUGACCCCGCCGGUGGGCGUCGCGUGUCGCUGCUGACCCACCCGGUCAGAGGUCGGCUGGCGCCGGCACGCGCUCGCCCGUGGUCUCGCCGGCGUGAAGUCGGCUGACCCCUGGCUGACCCCGGCGGAUGCCAGGACACCGCAGCGGCGCCGCCGGCUGGCCGGAUUCGAUACGGGCUGCUUGAGACCAUGACUCGGCGUUCGUGGAUGGCUGCGCUGGAUGGGUUAUGGCGAACCGGACUAUCUGAGCAUCUUGUUUGCGGCUGGGCCGGUACUGAGAGACUGCUGUUUGUCCCUACCGCGAAGUAUUGCUAGAAGUAUAGGAGUAUUACCAGUGUCACCAGUUCGGUUGCACGAAUAGUGUUGUUCGUUAGUGGUUUUGUGUUGUUUUUGUUGUUGUAAACGUUAUACGUCGCUGAUUUAUUGCGAUGACAGCUGUAGUGAUGCGAGUAGUGUGGUUUGCUGCUUUUCGCAGUUGAGUAUGUCGGGAACAGAUUGACUUCCAUGUGGAAGGUGGGCAGAGUGAGGUGAGCUUCGUUGCAUUAGCAUUAUGAGUUCCUGGGCUGAAAGUAACGGACCUGCAGUGCGCGAUGAGGUACAGGUUAAACAAAAAUUAAUCAAUCAGUGGGAUAGAUAACGAGACUUUUCUACGUUUCAGGACAGUGCUCACUGUCAAAAGUGAACUUAAGGAUCGCUUAAAAUCUUCGCUCAACCAAUACCUCCUCGCAUCUCGAAGAUCGGUUACUCUCGGCAAAAUAACUCGUAACGCUGAAAAGUCAGGGGCUUCAGACCUUCUGUUUUAUGUCAAGCCAUUUCAUCUAUUCCAAACUUAAUUUGCUGCUUGGUUCGGUGAGGUCCCUUGAUAUCGCCAGUACCUGCUCUUGUAGAUUUCUCGUUGAACUGGUUUCACUCAUAUGCUUCCUUACUCUUGUCAUUCAGGCUCGCACGUUGUUCUCUGGAAGACUAGCUUGAAAUCUAAGCAUUGUAUUUUCUUUCAUGUGCUAUUAUUGUGCUUAAAGGGAAUAUUUUGCUCUUCAGAAAUAUCGGAAAGUCACGGAACAUGACGAAAGCACCGGCGUUGGAUGUGACGAUGUCAUUUGUUUGUGUUUAGAGGUGCUGUCAGUAUAAUGCUUUUAACAAAGGAAAGAUUUGCCCCCGUUGCGUCCUAAUGCACGUGGCAUCACGUACAACGAAUCACUGACCGGCAGCGCCGGAUGUGAAAUUGGUCGGUUGGAAAAUCACAUCCUGGCUGGGGAACUGGAGCGUUUUAGUCCUUGGUAAGGUCAUCACCGCGAAGAUUAGUGUGUUCUUAACCUUGGCUGUCAACUAAGGCCUCCAACAGAGGCGAAAUAUUCCGUUUCAUAACCGUUUUUUCCCCGCGGACUCUUACCCUCAGCAACUUGGCUGUCCUAUUGGAGCAGUCGGCUUGCUGGGAACGCAUCUCUUGCCACCAGGGCUGGUCUCUGCUAUCGGCCUGACCUGGAGCCAACCAGCGCUGUGAUAGAGCGUAGGCGAUGAUUUGUUUGUUUUGUUCGUGGCACUUGCAGUGCAUAUCACUUGGAGCGAGAGCUGGAUAUCGAAUACACGG